UACCUUUCACCCAUUUGAUGUACCAAACUUGUUUUAUUUUAUUCAGGUUUCGGAGGUGGCGUUAGCCCAUUCGCAGGAGGUGUAAUGGGAGGCGGUUUCGGAGGUAUGCCUUCAGGCUUCGGUGGUUAUGGCGGUGGAAUAGGUGGUGGUAAGACAUUGACAUAA